CACACAUUCAGUGAGGAAGCCUGGACCGUGUCCGCUCCCGCUAUCGUUUGUUAGACAAUGAAUUGACUUCCGUCAGCGCACACAGUCAGAUCGCUGCAAGGAUCCAGGACAGGAGUGUCUCUCCUCGGGCUCUGAGAACCCCGCUCCCGCUGUUUCCUCCAAGGACCAGCAGCAAUUCUUUGGAGAAAAUAGAAAUUGUAGGAGCAAAGCUUGAAGAGCAAGUGAUAGGGGUUAGGAAAUUACUGCUCCUUUUGCGUUAACUCGUGCGCUUUUAAAUCGAUUUUUUUAGAAAGCUAUAAUUUGCUCCGUUGUUUUUCGGGACAUUCUCUUUUCCCAUCUGUCCCCUGCCCCUGCGCGGAAGAGAACGGGCGGAUUUGGCAGAACUGCGUGCGGUCCUCGUGCUUCCGUCUCUCCCUGGGUCUCUGGCUCUAAAUGUGAACGGGGAGAGGCGACUGGGGUAGGGGAGCACCGCGCGCAGCCGGAGAGAUGGGUAAAUCCAACAGCAAGCUAAAGCCAGAGGUUGUGGAGGAGCUGACCAGAAAAACCUACUUCACUGAAAAGGAAGUACAGCAGUGGUACAAAGGUUUCAUUAAGGACUGUCCCAGUGGACAGCUGGACUCAGCUGGCUUUCAGAAGAUCUACAAGCAGUUCUUUCCCUUCGGGGACCCCACCAAGUUUGCCACAUUUGUCUUCAAUGUCUUCGACGAGAACAAGGAUGGCCGCAUUGAGUUUUCUGAAUUCAUACAGGCAUUGUCUGUCACCUCCAGGGGGACACUGGAUGAGAAACUCAGAUGGGCCUUUAAACUUUAUGAUCUUGACAAUGAUGGUUACAUAACUCGAGACGAGAUGCUAAAUAUUGUGGAUGCCAUUUACCAAAUGGUGGGAAACACAGUGGAGUUACCUGAGGAAGAAAACACACCAGAGAAAAGAGUGGAUCGCAUCUUUGCAAUGAUGGACAAAAAUGCAGAUGGUAUGCUGACACUGCAGGAGUUUCAGGAGGGCUCCAAGGCAGACCCUUCCAUCGUUCAAGCGCUGUCCCUCUACGAUGGCCUGGUGUAGCCCAUACUCAGUGCCACAUACAGACAUCAAGACAAUCCAUCCUGCUUGCUGUGUGGGAGGAAACCGGACAUGUCUCCAGCUGUCCCACACUCGCUUGGACCAAGCUCUGCACUGGUGCACCGUGGGAGCUUUGUCUGUGGAAAAUGCUCAGCUGUCAAUCACUCAUGUCCAUAGUUAAAGGGGACACGAAUCCCACCAUCUCCUGCAGAAAUGUUCCAAAGAUGCUGUCCUCCACGACACUCGCUAAUCAGGCGGGAUGACUCAUUUCCGGGGGUGGGGGGGCUGGGGUGGAACCGGGAAGCUCCCACGCAGAAGCACUAGCCGAAUUGUUUGCCUUUCCUCAGAUGCAGUACACACGUAUAAAUUAAAUACACAUCAAUUUCGCUCAACACCAGGGGACCUGCCUUGCUGCGAUGUUCAGUGAAGUCACAAUGAAGAGAGCCACACACAUCUCACUCCUUGAAGCUACAGGCACUCCAAUCCAGAGAAACAUACAACACCAUCACAAGCCUUUCCAUGCAAAUUGACACAUGUAUGAAAAACCUUUAGGCGAUUAACCAUGUUUUCCACUAUUGAAUGGAGUUCAAUAGUAAGGCCAUGAGCAACUGGGACUGACAGUCGAGUCUUUCUGAUGAUCACGUGUUGUACUAUUUCCUUUCAAGUAUGCAGAAAAGCAUCCAAUAUUUAUUUAUUUACCUAUUUAUUUGAUUGUUUUGAACUUUGUUUGUUGCAACAAAAAAAAACAACAACAACCAGACAUUUCUGCUGCAGCUGGUGCUGGUCGUGUGAUGCUUUUGUGCACAUUGCUAGCCUGUAUGUUCGUGUUUCCCACCCGUGUGUCAAAGUGAAGCUUCCGCUACAGCCUCUAUGUAUCGUUUCUCCAGCUUCUACUGACAGACCGCAUCCGAAGUGUUCUGUGUACAGCAGUUCAGUGUUUGAGUGUAUGGCACAUUGUACUGCACGAGAUCGCAAAGUCUCAUACGCUCAGAUCAGUUAAUGCAGCGCCUCACGUCUUACCAUUUGGAGCCCAUAUGUCAAGGUAGUUUAGACUAAGCACUGAUAUGUAUUGUCUCUUUUUUAAUCAUGGUAUUUCCAGUUUGUAAAAUUAAAAAUGGCAGCAUGGGCAAAUUUACCAGUAUAACGUCCCAACUUCUGUCAUGUCUGUAGGAAAACGGUUAGGAUAUCUGCUUUUACCUUUUAAGAAAUCAGUGCUGCGGUCCGUAUUGCAAAUCACAGAUAACAGAGGAAAUAUUGUGAAUACAGUCGUGUCGGAGUUUAUGUAGUGGCGAGUAUUACCGAGGUUCUUAAAUAAAUCAAACUGGUUUUGAAACAGAA